AGCCGGCGGUCGGAGCUGCGCGCCGUGCGUCGGACAUGCCCCGCUACGAGCUGGCCUUGAUCCUGAAAGUCAUGCAGCGGCCGGAGACCGCUGCUGCGCUGAAGCGGACGAUAGAAGCCCUGAUGGACAGGGGCGCGGUCGUGAGGAACCUGGAGAACCUGGGGGAGCGGGCGCUUCCUUAUCGGAUCUCUGCCCACAGCCAGCGGCACAACAGAGGAGGGUACUUCUUGGUGGAUUUUUAUGCACCAACAACAACUGUUGAAAGCAUGAUGGAGCACUUGUCUCGAGAUAUUGAUGUCAUCAGACCGAAUAUUGUAAAACACCCUCUGACCCAGGAAGUAAAGGCGUGUGAAGGGAUUGUCCCGGUCCCACUUGAAGAAAAACUGUAUUCCACAAAGAAGAGGAAGUGAGGAUUCUCCUCGCCUUCUAUUCACCUCUCUCACUUCUGAGCAUCAUGGAUGAUAAUUUACAAGCCUGACCUUUACAUGAAAGUGUGUCAGGUGCCAUGUGAGGGUCUGGGUGUUGUUAGCUCCUGACCCCCUUUGCUGGGAGAGGUGGGGGAAUGGCUUGCUUGGAGCCACUGUCCCAGUCAAAUACAUCGUUCUUGAUUUUGUUACAUUAAAUGUAAUAUUUUUGCCCUACAACACUUAACACCAUUUUGAAGAACAAAACUUACAAAACUAUCUGGGAUUGUGAGCUAAUCAUUCAUACUGUAUAACCAUGCAAAAUAAAAUAUUCAGAUUGUAAAGUCA